CCCACCUCGAUUUGGUAUGCAACAGUGCCUCUCUUUUUUUUGUAUUUCACCGAGUUAAAAAAAGAAGGAAACUGUAGAAAAAAGCAGAAGAAGAAGACGACGACAAUAAAACACAAGAGAGAGAGCACACACAAAUCCCUUCUUCAAUGUUUAUUUACUCUCUCCAGAACUUUCUUUUCCCAGUACUUCUCCUCUGCUUUUUAUUACUUGUCUUCUUCUCUCUUUAAUUUUUUAUAAAUUUAAUUUUGGGUUGAAAAAAACGAGGAAGAAGAGAGGAGAGGAGACUCUUUCUUUUAGUAUUUAUUUAUGGAGGAGGAGAGGAGACUGUCUUAAUCGUUUCCGGGUCUCUUAUUCUGAUCCAUUCUUCUCUCAAGAUCUAAGGUUUGUCUUCUUUACCUUCCCUUUUUUUUUUUAAUCUUCGUCUAACUGCUAUUCCAUGUAUUUUGAGAAUUUUAUUGAGUAGAGGGUUCUCUUCGUUGUAACUUACUCUAAUGGCUAUUUUCUCCAACUCGCAUGCUCUCUGCUUCUUCUUCUUUUUUUCCCUUUCCAUGGUUUUAUUUUCUCUCUGUCGUUUUCUGUGUUUGGUGUUGUCUCUCAUUGAAAUCGAGAAACAAAAGAAGGAAAUUUGGGUUUUAAAAUCUUCACCCACAGCGUAAUUCGCGUUGCUUCAUUGUCUUUUUGGUAGUUCUGUUUCCGAGAAGAAGAAAAAAAUUUACUGAUUUUGAAGUGGAGAAGAAAUUAGUUGUCUCGACAAACCCCACUAGAAACUUUGUUUAGUGUGUCUUCUUAAAGCCUGCAAGAUGCAGAGACCACCUCCUGAAGAUUUCUCCUUGAAGGAGACGAGACCUCAUCUAGGUGGAGGAAAACUCUCUGGAGAUAAGCUUACCAGUACUUAUGACCUUGUUGAGCAAAUGCAGUAUCUCUAUGUUCGUGUGGUUAAGGCAAAGGAGUUACCUGGCAAGGAUAUGACUGGUAGUUGUGACCCUUAUGUUGAGGUUAAGCUUGGAAACUACAAAGGCACCACUAGGCAUUUCGAGAAGAAAUCUAAUCCUGAGUGGAACCAAGUUUUCGCCUUUUCUAAAGAUAGGAUUCAAGCUUCUUUCCUUGAAGCUACUGUCAAGGACAAGGAUUUUGUCAAAGAUGAUUUGAUUGGUCGGGUUGUCUUUGAUUUGAAUGAGGUACCUAAGAGAGUUCCUCCUGAUAGUCCCUUGGCUCCGCAAUGGUAUAGGCUCGAGGAUAGGAAAGGUGAUAAAGUCAAGGGAGAGCUUAUGUUGGCUGUUUGGUUUGGUACUCAAGCUGAUGAAGCUUUCCCUGAAGCUUGGCACUCUGAUGCUGCAACUGUUAGUGGUACUGAUGCUCUUGCCAACAUCCGUUCCAAGGUUUAUCUUUCUCCUAAGCUUUGGUACCUCAGGGUUAAUGUAAUUGAAGCUCAAGAUUUGAUACCAACUGAUAAGCAAAGAUAUCCCGAGGUUUAUGUGAAGGCUAUAGUGGGAAACCAGGCGUUGAGGACUAGAGUAUCGCAGAGCAGGACUAUUAAUCCCAUGUGGAAUGAGGAUUUGAUGUUUGUCGCAGCAGAGCCAUUUGAGGAACCUUUGAUCCUCAGCGUGGAAGAUAGAGUUGCUCCAAACAAAGAUGAAGUCUUGGGGAGAUGUGCGAUCCCGUUGCAGUAUUUGGACAGAAGAUUUGACCAUAAACCGGUGAACAGCAGGUGGUACAAUCUCGAGAAGCAUAUUAUGGUCGAUGGAGAGAAGAAGGAGACCAAAUUCGCUAGCAGGAUUCACAUGAGAAUAUGUUUGGAAGGAGGGUAUCACGUUCUCGAUGAGUCUACGCAUUACAGCAGUGAUCUUAGACCAACAGCGAAGCAACUAUGGAAGCCUAAUAUCGGUGUACUGGAGUUGGGGAUACUGAAUGCUACAGGUCUGAUGCCUAUGAAAACCAAAGACGGCCGGGGAACCACAGAUGCAUAUUGUGUGGCGAAGUACGGACAGAAAUGGAUUCGAACUCGGACAAUCAUUGACAGCUUUACACCAAGAUGGAAUGAGCAAUAUACUUGGGAGGUUUUUGAUCCGUGCACCGUUGUUACUGUUGGAGUUUUUGAUAACUGCCAUCUCCAUGGAGGUGAGAAGAUUGGAGGAGCAAAAGAUUCAAGAAUCGGGAAGGUAAGAAUCAGGCUUUCUACUCUCGAGACUGAUCGAGUUUAUACACAUUCAUACCCUCUUUUGGUGCUCCAUCCUAACGGAGUCAAGAAAAUGGGAGAAAUUCACUUAGCUGUGAGAUUCACUUGCUCUUCAUUGCUCAACAUGAUGUAUAUGUACUCACAGCCUCUCUUACCGAAGAUGCAUUAUAUCCAUCCACUGACGGUUAGCCAGCUUGAUAACUUGAGGCAUCAAGCGACUCAGAUUGUAUCGAUGAGGCUGACCCGAGCAGAACCACCUCUAAGGAAAGAAGUAGUUGAGUAUAUGCUUGAUGUGGGUUCUCACAUGUGGAGUAUGCGGAGAAGCAAAGCAAACUUUUUCAGGAUUAUGGGAGUUUUGAGUGGGUUAAUCGCAGUAGGAAAAUGGUUUGAACAAAUCUGCAACUGGAAGAAUCCAAUCACAACAGUCUUGAUCCAUCUCUUGUUCAUCAUCCUUGUGCUCUAUCCCGAACUAAUCUUGCCCACCAUCUUCCUCUACCUCUUCCUCAUCGGUAUCUGGUACUACCGUUGGAGACCGAGGCAUCCUCCUCACAUGGACACACGUCUCUCUCACGCUGACUCAGCCCACCCCGACGAGCUAGAUGAAGAGUUCGACACUUUUCCUACUUCCCGACCAUCUGACAUAGUCAGGAUGAGGUAUGACAGGUUGAGGAGUAUUGCUGGUAGGAUUCAGACAGUGGUAGGUGAUCUAGCAACUCAAGGAGAAAGGCUUCAGUCUCUGCUAAGCUGGCGUGAUCCGCGUGCAACAGCGCUCUUCGUCUUGUUCUGCUUGAUUGCCGCAGUCAUUCUCUAUGUGACACCUUUCCAGGUUGUGGCUCUUUGUAUUGGAAUCUAUGCUCUGAGACAUCCGAGGUUCAGAUACAAACUACCAUCCGUUCCUCUCAAUUUCUUCAGAAGGCUUCCUGCAAGAACUGAUUGCAUGCUCUGACCUGCAAAAACUGCUUCCAAUACCGAAGAAAACUUCUAUAAGACUUGUAGUUUGUUCUUGUUAAAAAUAUCAUGAUGACUCUUUUUAGUUUGUUCAUUGUUAAAAAUGUCAUGAUGACUCUUUUCUUGGUGAUGGUGAUGAUGUAUCCGUCUGUCUUUUAACAUUAUUAAGACUUUUGUUUGAAAGUAGUAAAGAAGUAUCUUGUGUGGUUUUGAUGUUCUUGUCACUGGUUAGUAAGUCAUAAUCUAUGCCUCUCUGGU